UGAUGCCAACGAAUGGACCAGAACACUUCCGCGUCCACCCUCACUGUGGAGCGUGUGGCUUCGCGUUUAAAAUCGGUGACCGAUUUGUCUCGUUUCUUUCCCGCCCCGCUACCGUUAUCUACGGAACGCAGGAUUCACUGACAUUUCCGCCCGAGGAUAUUGGUCAUGUAAUCGAGUAGCCGAUGGGCCAGUUAUUUGGCAAGCCGAAUGAAUGUUACAGGUGCGCCAGGGUUGGUGAAACCACCACCGUCCACCCGGAUUGCUACAACUUGUUUGCGAAGGAAUGUCGAGCAGAGGACAUAAUGGACCGGCUAUGGGUUGCAUCAACAUGGAGAUAUCCGUGGUCUGAGGCGAAACCUCUACUAUUGCCACCUGAUCUUGAUAUCGAUACCGGCAUUGAUUGUGUGGCUGCUGUCGGCCAUCUUCCUCAGCUGUUGGCACUGCCAAACAUACCAGCUCGAAUCAUAUGGGAGUCAGUGAGUAAUGCCAUGAUAUUGCGGUAUACGUCGGUUCUCAGUCUCGCUCGCCGAUUGUCAGCGGCCAACGAUGAUGGGAUGGUUUCUCUCCCGCUUUGUAUGAUCUAUGCGUGGGAUCGGGGGACAUCUCCGACGAUCCGAGAGGCCGUGACCGAGCCGUUCAUCCGCCUCACGAUCGAUUAUCAGGGGCUUAAGAUUAUCGAACGCCUUGAAGCACUACCAGAAAGGCGGGGGGUACAAGCUGAGACUGAGGCAUUCGUGGUUGAGAAGGCAGAGUGCUUCGCCAGAGUCGUAGCCAGUUUCAAGUACGGCUUGGCUCAUUUGAAAAACGUCAGUUCGACCGAUUUGAAAAUGUGGGAUACUCCAGCGCCGCCGAAUUGGGAAGAAUGUCUCGUCUCUCCACCUAGCAGUCGACCUCCCGGGAUCAUCAAAACCAUAGAGAUGCGCUACAGCACAGGUAUCACAUUAUUCGUCUGCGGUAUUGUCACUGUAGCAAUUCAUACGCAUACUUCAAAAGCGCCAUGCGCCUCUAAGACAUUUGAGCGCCUUUCAUAUCGAGCUCAGGGGUCUGCUCUUUGGCUGUAUGUGCCUCUCUCCUCUGACGAUGGGAUCACUGCGUUUGGUGUCCGAAUGAAAACGAAAAUGGAUGAUCUAUAUUCGCGAGCAACAGCUACCUUCCUGUUUCGUUUUGCCCGUUCGGGAGAUCUUGCUAUUGGUAGGCAUCAUCACGCACAGACAACGGACUUUGUAUCUGCUACGAGCCCAGACUGCACACUCAUUUAUAGCGUUCCUAGUUUCGGAAUCUCUGAUUAUGGCGUUUGCCCUAGAGUGGGGGGGAAUGUGCAGAUAACACUCUUCACCCCGAUGGGUAAUCCUCCAUCCAGGUUUACCUUCUUCUCUUCCGGAUCGCUGGAAGCCGUAUUUUCCACGACGGUGUUCUAUGAUGAGGAAACUGGCUUCUGCAUGGGGAUAUUAAUCAAGUACAACGACGGGACGCGGCGGGCCCUAGGACAAUGCAGACUGGGAGUAGAUCCCACGCAAUACUGCACUGCACCUACGCACCUAUGCCACUAUCCGAUCACCCACCAGCGACCAGGCGAGAGGUUUCCGGAAGAAGGGUUUAUCGCAGAAUUCACCACAGACCUGAAACAUGGACAUAAUGAAGAGGCAGCUCGUGAAUGGGAAUGCUGUCAGGUGAAGGGAAAUCUCCAGUUUUGGUUUCACCACACAAAGAGUGUGCUGCAAGUCGUGGACUAA